AUGGGCGGGGGCGGGGGCGCGGGAGGGGACGCCGGGAGCGGCAGCGACGACGAGGACUACGAGCUCUCCGGCCCGCCCAUCGAGCUCUCCAUCACCCCGCGACGCCCCGGCAACCGCUCACCAUCCCCCUCGCUUAACACACUUCAAAUGGAAAAUGAUAGCAUGUACGACAAGCUUGAAGACGAUAGAUCUGAUGAAGCAGAUGCCAAGUCCAUAAACAUGGAGAGACAGGCUUCUAUUAUUGGUGAUGCUAUAGAACCAGAGGUCAAUUUGAUUAGUAGAAGGGCUGCAGCACUAGAACAGAGAAAGGCUUCAAUGAGAAUUGCUUCAAGAAGGGUUAACAGUGCAAGCUGUGAUGAGAUUACAGCCCUUCGAUCAGAAGCAAAGGUUGCUAGCGAGUUGGUCACAUCUGUAUCUCGGCGUGUAAAAGGUGCUGGAUCAGAACAGAGAUCUCUUCAUGCAACAUCCAAUAGAAUGAUGUUGUCACAAGAAGAAAUGGAGGAGGUGGUGCUAAAGAGAUGUUGGCUUGCGCGCUACUGGAAAUUAUCUGUUAGACUUGGGAUACAUUCUGAUAUAGCUGAGCAAAAAUUAGAACACUGGUCCUCAGUUGCACCACUUGCACUUGAAGUUGUCCUAUCAAUUGGACAAAAGGCUAGAGAUGGAACUUUAUCAGAUAAUGACGUAAAUGAUACGGCUGGAGACGGAAAUAUUGAAAGCAUGCUUCUAGUUGAGAAAGGACUGCGCGAAUUAGCUUCGCUCAAGGUAGAAGAUGCAAUCAUGCUCGCUUUAGCAGAACAUCGACGUUUCAGACCUCUCUCAGGCCCAGUUUAUCCCGCUGAAAAUCACAGCUCUUCAGAGCCACUCGAGUUAAGUGAGGAAGAGCGGGAAGAUGUACGCUUCAAGCAGGCAUGGUUGACAUACUUUUGGAGGCGGGCCAAAAAUCAUGAUGUGGAGGAAGAUAUAGCUGACGAGCGGCUACAAUUUUGGAUAGAGCAAGGCAAUCAUCCAGUUACUACAAGUGAUGUCAUUGAAGGUAGCCUCCCUCCCACUACAACCAAGAUCAGGAGUAUCGACUUAAACCAUGAUCUGAAAGGACUUCAUGAGCUGAAGAAGCUGGGAGUCGAGUCUCAGCUGUGGGAGGCGACGAGGAGAUCUCUCGACGAUGAUUUCAGUAAUCAUGGGAGUCCAUUUGGAUCUGAAGUUUAG